AUGUCUGACUUCAUACCGUUUCCACACCAGGCUGCUGGUCAUCCUGGAUCAUUACAGAGUGUUGAUGGCUCGCUUUUUCUAAAAGCUACUACAAAGCAAGAGAUUGCGUUCUAUGAAGGUCUUAAUGCCCAAGAGGACAAUCCAGACACUGAUCUCGGGUCCAAGUUGUUGCAUUGGACACCAACGUUCAUGGGCACCCUCACGCUUGGGGCCACACCAGAUGUUGUGAAAAAGGGAAAUAUCGAUGCAGAAAUGAUGGCUACAGUGCAGUCGCAAUCUGGAAGUGUCGAUGAGCUUACAAGCAAAGAGUACUUGGUUUUGCGCAACGCGUUGUAUGGAUACUCGCAGCCUAGUGUGCUGGAUGUUAAGCUGGGAUCCAUACUAUACGACGAAAAUACUAGUUCUGAGAAGGUUCAGCGACUCAGUGAGGUCAGCAAGAACACCACAAGUGGAUCGCUCAAUUUCAGGGUGUGUGGGAUGAAGAUUAGACACAAUCAAAUUCCGUCUGAUCUGGAGGGUGUGAGGAUGGAUGAUUGUACUUCUCUGUUAAAGGAAGAAGGUUCAGAUAUAAUAACGUUCGACAAGACUUUUGGAAGGUCAUUGACCAAUGAGACGGUUACCAAGGGCCUGGGGCUAUUUUUCAGACACAAUCGGUUGCCAGUGAAUGUUCAGCAAAAGAUACUGGAAAUCUUUCAUUUGCGAUUGCAAAUACUCUACAAUUGUUUGCUGGACGAAGAGGUUCGGAUCCGAUCCGGGAGCUUGUUUUUUGUGUUUGAGAAUGAUUUGAGUCGAUGGGAACAACUUGAGUAUGAUGAUCCUGUUAUUGAGGAGGAGUUUUGGGAGGAGGAGGAUGAUGAUGAUGAUGAUGAUGAAAAUAAAACACCAGUUGCCAGACUUAGUGCCUUAAAGGUGAUUGACUUUGCCCAUUCCAAGUUUGUUCCGGGAAAAGGAUAUGACGAGAAUGUGGUGAAAGGAGUGGAGAAUCUGAUGAGUUGUUUUGAGCGGUUGAUAAGGGAAGCUGAAAAAUCCGAAUCCACGAGGACCCUGUGA